UAUAUUUUAAAAGGUUGGAAAGUUAAACACCACUUCUUGUUUCCCUAUGUCCUUCUCCAAUCUGGCAAAUCUCGCUCUCUGACACAUAUCAAAACACAAAUCCCCCUUCUUUGCGAGUUGCACCGAAAGCUUCAGCCAAAACCAUCGAAGUAAAAGAUUCAAGAAACAUAUAAAUAACCAUCCACAAGAAAGAAGAAGGAGAAAUCGAAUUGAAGAAAAAUGGAGAAUGGAGGGUCGACAAUCACAAUUAAAGGGAUUCUGAGUUUGCUGAUGGAAAGCAUCUCAGAGUUGGAAGAUGAAGAAGGAAGAUGCGCGAAGAGAGUUAUAUCACUUGGAAUGGGAGACCCAACACUGUACUCGUGUUUCCGUACAACACAAGUUUCACUUCAAGCUGUUUCAGAUUCUCUUCUCUCCAACAAGUUCCAUGGUUAUGCUCCCACCGUUGGUCUUCCUCAAACUCGAAGGGCAAUCGCAGAGUAUCUAUCGCGUGAUCUUCCAUACAAACUAUCUCAAGACGAUGUGUUCAUCACAUCAGGUUGCACGCAAGCAAUCGAUGUAGCACUGGCAAUGUUGGCUCGUCCUAGGGCCAAUAUACUUCUUCCAAGACCAGGUUUCCCGAUCUAUGAACUCUGUGCAAAGUUUAGAAACCUAGAGGUUCGCUACUUCGACCUUCUUCCAGAAAACGGAUGGGAGAUCGAUCUUGAUGCUGUCGAGUCUCUCGCAGACGAAAACACAGUUGCUUUGGUUGUUAUAAACCCCGGUAAUCCUUGCGGGAAUGUCUAUAGUUACCUGCAUUUGAUGAAGAUUGCGGAAACGGCGAAAAAACUAGGGAUUCUUGUGAUUGCUGAUGAAGUUUAUGGUCAUCUUUCUUUUGGGAGCAAACCGUUUGUGCCAAUGGGUGUGUUUGGGUCUAUCGUUCCGGUUCUUACUCUUGGAUCUUUAUCAAAGAGAUGGAUAGUUCCUGGUUGGCGUCUCGGUUGGUUUGUGACCACUGACCCUUCUGGCUCGUUUAAAGACCCAAAGAUCAUUGAGCGUUUCAAGAAAUACUUUGAUAUUCUUGGUGGACCAGCCACAUUUAUCCAGGCUGCAGUUCCCACGAUUCUGGAACAGACGGACGAAUCCUUCUUCAAGAAAACGUUGAACUCGUUGAAGAACUCUUCGGAUAUUUGCUAUGACUGGAUCAACGAGAUUCCUUGCAUUGAUUCCUCGCAUCGACCAGAAGGAUCCAUGGCAAUGAUGGUUAAGUUGAAUCUCUCGUUACUAGAAGAUAUAAGCGACGAUAUCGACUUCUGUUUCAAACUAGCUAGAGAAGAAUCAGUCAUCCUUCUUCCCGGGACUGCGGUGGGGCUUAAGAACUGGCUAAGGAUAACGUUUGCUGCUGAUGCAUCUUCGAUUGAAGAAGCUUUUAAAAGGAUUAAAUGUUUUUAUCUCCGACAUGCCAAGACUCAGUCUCAAACCAUAGUUGAUUUGUGAUUUUGGUAUGGUCAAAAUGUGCUUAGAAAGCAGAUACAGUUAUAGUGUUUUCUUUUUCUUUUUCUUUCAAUAUGAAAUACGUGAUAUACAAGUACUGUAGCUUCAUUGUAAUAAUAUCAACUCAAUUAAAGGAAAAUACAUGCUAUACAGUUAUAGGAAAUAUUUAUUAAAAA